AUGUCAGAACCAGACAAGCAAGACCAAGCUUCUCCAACCGUCACCACUACUACCGUAGUCUCUAGCCCUAAUGCUCAACAAGAAGAGGAACAAACUUCUGAAAAAAAAAUGGAUUUAGGAAUUGGUCUUGGAAAUAAAGAACAUCCUGAGGUUGAUAAAAAACACGAAAAUAAAGAUGCGACAAGGAAUGAUGGAGAGGAUAACCAAGACAAAGAAAAAGUGAUAACAGAUGAACAAGGUCAAACAAUCAACAAAGAGGAAGACAAACAAAAAGAAGAAGAGAAAGAAGAAGAAGAGAAAGAAGAAGAAGAGAAAGAAGAAGAAAAACAAAAAGAAAAACAAAAAGAAGAACAAGAAGAAGAACAAGAACAAGAACAAGAACAAGAACAAGAACAAGAACAAGAACAAGAAGAAGAACAAGAAGAAGAACAACAAGAAGAACAAGAAGAAGAACAAGAAGAAGAAAAAGAGGAAAAAGAAGAUGAAGACGAAGCUCAACAAAAUAAUGAAGAAAUACAAGAAGAAAUUGACGACCUAUUCGGUAGCGAUGAAGAAGAAGAAGAAGAAGAUGCAAUUGUAACUGGCAAAUCCAAAAGACUGUCUUCAAAUACAGAGGCUAUUGAUGAUAAUGGUGAUGAGGAACAGGAAAUGUACAAUAGGAAAUUUUUAGGUCAAGAAGAUGAAGAGGAUUCUGACGGAGAGACUGGUAUCGAAGUAGAUGAAAUCAAGGAAGCAGAUGUUGAAAUAUCCAAGCACAUUGUUCCCUACAAGACUUUUAACGUGGAUAAUACUAAUAUAAUAUAUCAUGUCAAAGUACCACAUUUUUUGACCAUAGAUCCGAUUUCGUUUGACCCACAAGAAUAUGAGGAAAAGGUCAACGAAAGGUUUCAAAACCACAACCUAGAUAAAGCUGAUGUUUUAGAUGCGGGAUUAAUUGAUGAAAAUACCAUUAGAUGGCGAUAUUCGAGAGACAGUGAGACAAACAAAGUUUUAAAAGAAAGUAAUGCAAGCAUUGUGCAAUGGAACGAUGGAACAUAUUCUUUAAAAUUAGGAAAUGAAUAUACUGAUAUUUUGAUAAAUGACACAGACAACACUUUUUUGGUUACUGCUUACGAGGAACAAGAAUUAAUGCAAUGUGUUGAAGGGGGGGAAAUUACUAAGAAUAUGAUGUUUAUUCCAACCAGUAUGAAUUCCAAGCUACAUAAAAGAUUGACUAAAGCUGUAACCAAAAGAAAAAUUAAUGACAUUGAUAACAGUGGACCAAGAGCAUUUAUUGUUCGUAAGGACCCUGAACUUGAGCAAAGAGAAUUGGAAAAGAAACAGGAACAGAUUAUCAGAGAAAGAAGGAGAAAACAAUUUAAAGAAAUGGAGCAGAAGGAAAAUUCAAAUAAUCCACCUGGGAGUGUUAAGUUUAGAAAUGGAAGUAGUAGCAAGCAUACAGGAGGAAACGCCGUCCGUGGGGGUAGACAGGAUGAAUAUGAUGAUGACACUGGAUUUAUUGAUGAUGCUGGUAGUGACAUGGAAGAAGAAGAAGAAGAAGAUAAUGAUGAGAGUGGAGACGAAGAAGAAGAAGAAGAGGAAGAAGAGUAUGAUGAUGAUGAUGAUAGUGAAGAUGAUUUGGCAAACGAGAGAUUAAAACAGGCUAAAAGAGGUGUGAAGGCUAGCGUUGAAGAAUUAGGUGAAGAUGAAGAAGGAGAGGAGAAAGUAAUAGAGGAAGACGAAGAAUCGGAUGGUACCAGAGUUAUUAAUAAAAGAAGGAAAAUAACAAUUGAAGAUGACGAAGAAUGA